AUGAAUUUCGAUAGAUUCAACCCAUUGUCAAGUAACUUCAUCUACAAACAGAAUCCAACAAAGGAACAACAACAACAACAACAACAACAACAACAACAGCAUCCACAUCCACAUCCACAUCCACACCAAGAUGCCAAGCUCAAUCUAAAUUCAGAGGUUAGUGAUUGGGGGAUCGAGGAAGACCUCACACCAACUUCAGCAUUGGGUACAACGUUUUCCAAUUACUUGUCUCCUACUGCAUCAUCUACAACCACAAUACAUACAAACCCACCAUCACAAAUUGCCCCAUCAUUGACUAAUCGUCAGCUGAGUUAUAGUAACUACAGUGCCGGUGGUGGUGCUCUUCUGCAUGAUGACACUUUUUUGCCACCGCAUCCCUCCUACAUUCCACACCACUCGCAACCGCAUUCACUGUCGCAACUGCCGUUCAAAAGAAGAGGUUCCCUCAAUCUGAACUCCUCCCUGCAAUUCCAUCAAUAUCAUCAAACAUUAAACCAUCACCCACUUCAUAGAUCUCACUCACAAGCAAGUCAGUUGAAUUUACUACAGUAUUGUCAGUACUCUGGUAAUGUCAUUUAUCCGAAUACAGAAACAUUGUCAAGAUUUAUUGCCAAGUACAUGUCAAUGGAAAACAAGUUGGGUGAAUUUUGGGAAAAGUUCAAGUACAAUCUCAUUAUAUCAAACUUGCUCGAGGAUUCAAUGAUUCUUUCCAAAAAUGAGUCAAGUUUACAACUUUUAAAGACCAAUCCUAUAUCGACUCCACUGAACUUUUUGAAAUUCACCAUCAACGAUGAUGGGACGAGACUACUUGUUUUAAACACGUUUUACAAAGUCAAAUUUAGUUGUCGGUACAGCACAUUCACACUGAUACUACUUGUUAUCAACUUGAUUAUCUAUUUAUUAAAACAACAACAAUUUGCUUAUUUAGGACGACAUCAUAUGAAACAUGAAUCGCAAUUUACCUUGUUCAAGUUCAUUAUUGUUGUGUCAUCAAAAUUGAUCAAAGUACGCAAAUUCAAAACUAUUGUUGAAACAAACAAAAUCCUCAACUUGUUGAAUGAUUUUCUAAAAUUCAAUUAUAUUGUCAAUAAGAAUUUGAUACUUAGUAUGGUGAAGCUAAAGGGUAAGAAAUUGGAUUUAGUGCAAGGAAAUGCAAAUUCAUCUCAUUUACUAAACUCGUUAUCAUUUUUAAAUUUGACAUUGAGGAGCUUGGUUGUAAAAUUACUACCACAUAUCAAUGGAGAUUUGUUUCAACAAUAUUGUACUAUUAACAGCAUCAACACGGGGAUUUUAACCCAGGAGUUUGACAAUGAAGAUCAAGACGAUCUUGAUGAAGUGAUUUUCAACAUUAAUAAAUUCAAUCAAUUAAGAAAAUUAUUUAUUUGUCAAUUGAUUACCAUAAAUGAAAAUGCUAGUAGCAAUUUCUUUACAUUGAAUUUGAUGGACCAAUUUCAGGUUGACGAAGUCGAGAGCAACUUGUCCGUUUUUGCAAAAAUGAAACUUGUACGUAAAGUGCUAACUGAUCAUAAUGAUUCAGUAAAGACCAUAAACAACAUGUUUAAUAAAGUUGAAAUAGUUUCACAGCCGCAAAAACAAACACAACCAAUUGAUGAAAAUAUAGCACCCGAUUUGCACCUGACAUUGUUUCAAUUCACUUCGCGAGUUAAUAAAUUUGCUCAUAAUUUAAACUAUUUCAACAAGUAUAACCAAUCAUUGAGUUUAGACAAUGCCGAGGAACAGUAUGAAAAACUAGCCAUAUUUCAGCAAUUUAAUGAUGAAUUGAAUCAACUAAAGACGCUUCACAAACAAGCUUUUGUUGAGUUGAAUCAAGAAAUUAAUCCUGAUUAUACUGUGGCAAAUUCCCCCAAAUCAACUGUUUCAUCAUCGCCACGACUAAACCAAGCAGCUUCUUUCAAUCUCAAGUCAUUUCAAAACACUUCGUUAAAGAAGCGGUUUUCACUACCACCAAAUGUUGCAACGUCUAAUCCAACACCACCUGGUACUACAAAUGGCAACACCACCAUAGAUUCCCCGGCAAAGUGGACACCUGAGAGAAGCUCAACCACAUCAUCAAAGCCUAAAAAGUACAAACGGUUAUCUACUGGCUUGCAAUUGGGUCUUCUUACUGUAUUUGAAGAAAAUGGUGGUCAAACACUGAUUGCAUCUUCAAAUGGAUUUACAAAUGGUAAUCGAAACUCAUCAUCAUCGUCUACGUCAGCGUCAGCAUCAGCGUCAGCAUCAGCGCAAGCGCAAGCGCCAGUAGCGGCAUCCCCAACAGCAGCAGUAUCCUCAGGGUUGCUCCCUCCACCAAAAGUGUCCUACGAUGACAAUUACAUCAACAUACUUCCAACAAAUCAAUUUGAAAGUUACAACAAGUCGACAUUGGAUCAACUAAUAUCUAGUAAAGCCAAAAAUAAUCGGUACUCAUUAAACAAUAAUAAUCGCAAUUCAACAAAUAUAAAUCGAUUUUCGUUGAAUUCGGUAAAGAGUAAUGUAUCGGGGAUAUCCGAUUUGAUAUCAACUCAAAUGACGAGCUAUAAUGGCGACGAUGCAGAAGCAGGUGCAGGGACAUCAACACAAGCACAAAUUCAGGGAGACAUUGAUGGCAAAAUGGAUUUUGAUAUUGAUGAAUCACCCAAUGAACUGCGGUAUGACCAACUCAAUGACAACAACAAUGUGUCGGUUAUUGAUGAUGAUUCCAAUCCUGGUCGAAUGACUCAGGAGGAAUUGAAGUUGAAGUUGGAGGCAAGCUUUACAAAGAUUUACAAUUUGGAAACUGAGAAUGAGCAAUUGAUGAAGGAAAACACUAGCAAACGAAACAAUAGAGCCACGAAAAUUAUCAAUGAUGAUAUUGCUCUUAGUGAUAUCACCAAUGAUCAUCAUCCCAGUGCUUCAUUCCUUAAGGAAUUGGAAUUCAAAUUGAACCCAAAAUAA